AUGAGUCGCAAGUUCUGUAUCCCAGGAAUUGUAUUCCUCUUUUGUGCACUCGUUCUCAGCGUUUUGACGUCCAUCUCGCUGCCUUUCCUCACUGGGCUCGACAUUGCUCGCACCACGGUUAGCGCUGGAAAGGUUGACGGUCAGGGAGUUGAUCAGAUUCGACUUGGCAUUUGGUACUCGGCGGCGUGCAGUUACGAGACUAAUGGAGAUCGCACCUGCGGAGACGCUUCACAUGGAUACACUCUGUUUAUUCAGAACUCAGCGGGUACAGAGACGGUUGAUAUUGGAAGCUCGUGGACCCGAGGAUUAGCCGUCCACCCCGUUGCGGCUGUUGUGACAUUCAUUGCUUUCCUGAUGUCCUUUUCCCAGCAUGUUACCAUCACUUUGUUUGCUUCGCUCAUGUCGUUCCUCGCCGCCAUGCUCACUCUCAUCGCCUUUGCCUGUGACAUCGCCUUGUAUGCGUUUCUCAAGCACCAGGUUGACAAGCUUACCGACUUGGAUCCCACCACGAAAACUGGCCCAGGGUUCUGGCUCACAUUCGUGUCGUUGAUCUUGCUUCUCCUUGCAGGAUGCACGGUAUGCUUUGGCCGUCGCAAGGACCGUCUAUCUGGUGCUUCUUCCUACCCUAGCUACCCCAUGUCGUCGACCAAGAAGCCAUUUUGGCAGCGCUUCCGCCGCAACUAG